CCGAGUGAAGCCAGCCGGCGCGUUAUGUAAGACCGCAAGCUCGCCCUUUUACCAUUCAGAAGCACGUGCGAGUUGAAAGAACAGUUUCUUACAGUUGAAUCAUAACCCCACUGUUAUGCACUUGCCCAAAGAACUUAGACUGUCGGCUGGCAAAGCCAACGCCAACAUGACAGACCUCUCACUCCCGGAAGAACGUGCCUUACACGAGGUUUUAAAUGAUCAUCCAGGGGAACUUAUACGUACCGGGAGUCCGAACUUUCUGUGUUCCAUCUUACCGUCCCACUGGCGUUCCAACAAAACCCUACCCGUGGCUUUCAAGGUGGUCGCCCUAGCGGAAGUUUCUGACGGGACCCUAGUAACCAUUCACGCUGGAAACGACGAGAAUUUUUGUGCUGAGCUGCGAAACGCCACCGCCGUUAUGAAGAGUCAAGUAGCGAAGUUCAACGAUCUGAGAUUUGUAGGGAGAAGUGGACGAGGAAAAAGUUUCACCUUGACAAUAACGGUCAGCUCCAACCCUCCUCAAGUUGCUACUUACAACAAAGCCAUCAAAGUGACCGUAGAUGGACCCCGAGAACCCAGAAGUAAGACUAGACAACAACAACAACUUCGGACAUUCGCCUCGACACUGGGUCAGAGGCCAACCUAUCUAGCACCUCUGAACGAGUUAGAAAACCUGAGACAAAAACGUACGGAAGAGUGGACAUACGAAAUUCCUCGAAGGUUACCUGCACCCCCACCACCCUUGCCACAAGAACCCAACAUGUCUUUGCAACUUCAACCUUCUGCAUCACAAUGGAACUCCUACUGCACAUCACCCUACCCUACCUACCUUACCUCAGCCUCGACACUUACAGCUUCCGACCUAGGCGCUUCGGGACUGUCGUGUCCAGGAGAGGGCGCUGUGGGAAGUAACUUUUCGUGUACGUACGACAACCCUGUUUCAGCAUCGUGGAUAGAGAAUAUUCCAGAAGCGCCUCCGAUGUUAAGUUUACCAAUUACGCCACUGUCUACUUUUGUUUCAACCUCACCGUCCAGUUCCUACAGCAUGAAAUACACUGGAGCAGCAGUCUCAGGAGGCCAUUUUACUCCUCUGCAGCAGCGGGACUCGAACCCAAACCUAGCCUUAUCAUUCCGUCUCUCAGCAGGUCCAGGAGUGAAAGACUCAAGCCCCCUUUUCCCCUCCAGAUCGACUGUUUCAUCCUCAUCAUUCUCAAUACCGGAUAUCCGAAUAUCUCACGAGCAAGAACUAUCCAAUAGGAAUCCUGUAGCCAACAUUACAAUGGGAGAACUUUCCUCUCCUAGCGGCACGUUGACACAACUCGGCGUGAACAACAAUCCAAAUUAUCCACUGCCUGUGAACCAUAACUGGGGCUGUAACUUCCUACCUUCUCCUAGCUAUUAUGGCAAUACGAGUUCAAAUAGUUCGCCACCUGGUGGGAGAUUCCUAAGUUCUCCGGCAGUCCCUUCACCUUUAUUGUAUCAUCAACCCCAGCCUUUAUCUCCCUCGCCACUUCAUCUAUUAGGGAGCGAAAUGAGGUCAAUAGGAGAUCUUCCCCUAGUUUCUUACCACCAACAACAGAGAUUAGACAAUCUGUCCUCUGGUUUUGAUAGUUUCUUAUCUGGCCAAUCUAAUCAGGGUUUAGUUCCUAGACUACUGCACGAUGUCAAUGUAACAAAUCUUCAAUCCACUGAAGCGCCCUCUAGCCAAGCACUGAAUUCAUUACCACCGAGUGCAACAUCGGCUUCUUCUGAAAAUGAUCAGAUUGACCCAACACUCAGUCAAGUAUGGCGCCCAUAUUAAGUAUAAGUUUCACUUCCGUGAAUAAAGGAAAACCCGAAUCUUAAAAUGGAAACCGAAACAAUGGUUUGUCUUCCACGUCUGUCGUUUCGUAAGAAGGAUCUAUGGCAACAGGUAGUUCUUUAUCAAUAUUUAUGCGGUAUGAGGGUCUUAUUGUAGAUGAAAAACCGAUGUUAUCAUCUUCAAGCAAAUAAUAUGACGCGUCUGGUGACAAAGGGCCUUGGAAAUGGUGCAGCUUACCUUAUACACAGUCCCUGAUGGAGUACAGUCUGUCUUCUGAAACGUAACAGAAGGAUGUAUGCCAUUAUUAUCACCUCAAGUUUCGGUUCAGUGGAUCCUGCUAGCACAUCGUGUCAGUUAAUACUUUCUUACGUCAUAUUACACUAUUUAUUUUAAACGGACUAGCCAGUUAAACAAUCGAAACAUUAUUCUUUACACGUUCAAAUCUCGAACUUGAAGAAGCUUAACAGUAUUACAAAGAUUUAAUGACUUCGAAAAUUGUUCCAAUGUGUUGUGUUUAUUUUUUCUUCUAUUUGUUUGUGGUCUGCAAGUUUUUAUCAAUCAAACUGGAGAAAGUGGUGCCACCUACAACCAAAACAUUAGUUUCUUUUGUGACCUAUCUUCGCGUGACAAAACAUAUGCAAAUUGUUAUUCAUCGAAGUGGCUCUUAGCAGACACGAAAUUACAGAUAUGUAACUGACAACAAUACUGUUUGAUCGAGUGUCUGUACAAUGUGGCCCGGCAUGGCCAGGUGGUUAAGGCACUCGACUCGCAAUCUGAG